AUGCCUGCGGUGUGGCUAAGGCGGUGCGCGCAGCGGGAGCCGAACACGAAGCAGCAGCAGCUCAACACCGCGGCGCCGCCGCUGCAGGUGACGGUGCCCGACCACGGCCACGACCACGGCCACGACCACGGCCUCCGGCGCGCCAGCGAGGCCGCCGCCACGGCGAGCACGUCGCCGAUGACGACCCCCGGCACCACGACGGUGCCCGCGCCGCCGCCGCCGCCCACCACGGUGGACCCGCACGCGCCCUACGUGGACCGCGCGCACUCCAAGAACGUGACGGCCCUGCUGGGCAAGACGGCCUACCUCAACUGCAGAGUCAAGAACCUGGGCAACAAGACGGUGUCCUGGGUGCGGCACCGCGACAUCCACCUGCUGACGGUGGCGCGGUACACCUACACCAACGACCAGCGGUUCCGCGCCACCCACAACGCCAUGAGCGACGACUGGAUGCUGCAGCUCAAGUACCCGCAGCACCGCGACGCCGGCGUGUACGAGUGCCAGGUGUCCACCACGCCGCACCUCAGCCACUUCAUCCACCUCAGCGUCGUCGAGCCCAAGACGGAGAUCAUCGGGGCGCCCGAGCUGUUCAUCGACAGAGGCUCCACCAUCAACCUCACGUGCAUCAUCCUGUACAGCCCCGAGCCGCCCGCCUACGUCUUCUGGAACCACAACGACUCGAUCAUUAGCUACGAGUCGCCGCGCGGCGGCGUGGAGGUGCAGACGGCCAGGGGGGACACGACGACGAGCGUGCUGCUGAUCCGGAAGGCCAAGCCCUCGGACUCGGGGCAGUACAAGUGCAACCCGUCCAACGCACAGAGCCAGCAGGUGCACGUCAACGUGCUCAACGGCGAGCUGCCCGCCGCCAUGCAGCACGGCGGCCAGGGCCACCACCAGACGUCGCACCUGGCGCCGCUGCUGGUCACGGCCUUGACGGCCUUGCUGUGGCACUCGCGGAGCACGGUGCAAGUGUCAUAGUCGCUCUCGCCGGUUCGGCCCUGCGGCCUUGCUGCCGGUCCAGUGUAGGGCCCAGCGCCCGCAGGGCUCCCCGGGGGCGGGCCGCUAUUGGCCGUCAAACCCCUCCCCUCCCCGUCGACCUCCCCGCCGACCUCCCCGUCGACCCACUGGGCCGCCCAGGGCCGGCGGCAUCCGGGAGGACGUCGACGACUGCGAGAUAGCGGCCCAAGUUGGCCCUGGCCCGGCCCCGCCCGGCCUGUGUUGUUGUUGUUGUUACUUACGGCCGCACUUUCGCUGGCGGCGACGUGUUGUUGUUUUAUCUCCAAGAAGGAAACUAUUAAAAUGAAAAUUUUUUGAGCAUGUGAUAUGUCCUGAGUGACAAAACGUAACUUACGUAACGGUUGAUGUCGGUUGUCUGCUGCCGCCACUACUACUUCGGUCUGUGGGACAUUGGCGUGUAUAUUUUUUAUUAUCAGUAUUGUCCUUUUUCGUUCGCCACGCAGAGUGGGUGCGAGUGUGUGUGUGUGUGUGUGUGUGUGUGUGUGUGUGUGAGAGAGAGAGAGAGAGAGAGAGAGAGAGUGAGUGAGUGAGUGAGAGAGAGUGCGCGCGUGUGUAUGUGUGUGCGAUGGGAAGGCUUUGUGUUGUCAUUGUUUUUAGGGUUGGCUUGUUGACGACUGGAAGGUUCUGCUUUUUGUACAUAAUUUUCUACCCUGUGUGCGUGGACAGUGACUGGGUGUGGAGGGAGGCGACAGGAGCGCCUCCAGUGUCCCUCGAAGCAUUGCGUUGUGCCUAGCUAGGAUAUUUUCUUUGGCGAGUGUGUUAGGAUAAAUUGCUGAAAUCAGUAUUCACUUUAAACAAUCUUGAACAUUUGGCUAAACGUAAGCAGUACAUACAUGUAUAUUCAGAACGAAUCAUUUUCAAACAUUCUAUUAUUGUUUCUUUCUCUGGUGUGAUUUGAUUGUAACCACCACAAUGUCUGUCUCUUAUUUUUACUGCCAUUCUGCAUCGAAAUAAGGAACAUACCUUCGAGGAAUGGCUAAUCUACUUCCUAAUUUGUAAUCUAAAUUAAAGUCCCAAAGCGAGACGCAGCUAGAAACGGCCACAGGAGAAGAAUGGGUGCUUUUGUAAACCACGGCCUUCUGAUAAAGCGUGGCGGCAUCACCAGAAAAUAUUUCCUUGUUUCGGUCGAAGCGCGACAAAAAAAUACAAAAAUUGUAACUUAAAAUUAUUAAGGCUCCUUGUCGGCGUUUCUGGCGGAAUGUUAUGAAUCACUAGCGAAACCAAUCACCCAACGAUCAAAUUGAAUAUAUGUAAAUAAACUAACGUAAAAAGUGGAUGGUUAAUUUCAUGAUGUAAAUUUUUGUGUUAUAAUUAUUCGUCUAUUAAAGAAUGGUGUAAAUAACUAUUGCAAAAUCUGCAUUUGAUUUGUACAAAAAACAAUAAAGAUUAUGGAGCAAGACGCGACA